GCCGCGCGUACUGUGCGUAGUGUAAAGACUUGUUAUGUCUACGUAGAGUCAACAGAAAUCCAAGUAAAGUUGAGCGGGAAUAAUCGGCCGGCGAACGGCAAGCGCGCUGGGGGUCUAUUGCCCGUCCGUGUAGCACUUUUUAUACGAAAACCGCGAUGUGCCAAAUAAAAACUGGUAAACAGUGAAUUGGUGCGAAAACUCGAUUUGUAACUCGAUAAAGCAACGAACACAACGAUGGCCGCGAAAAUUGAUUUCAGCAGUGUUAUAUUUUUGUGCAUAUUAUAUUGUGUCACCAGUUUCAACUUGGAACCGCGGAUUCCUGUGAUAAAGUUCGGCGAGCCAGGGUCUUAUUUUGGAUUUUCUGUAGCUGAACACCUUACUGUUGGAAGUAACGGGGAAAAUAUUAGUUGGUUGCUUGUUGGCGCACCCCUUGGUCAAAACUUACAACCUAAUACGUCGAAAUCCGGAGCGCUGUGGAAAUGUCGUGUCAGCCCUUCCCCAGAAGACUGCGAGCAAAUCGUCACCGAUGGAAAAAGAACGAAGUACGGCAAGAUAAACACGAGUAUUGAUUCUGCCCAUCUGACUGGGCCCCAUUCUGAUGAAAUCAAGAACGGACAGUGGCUAGGAGUUUCUGUUCGGAGCCAAGGUGCUGGAAAGAAAGCUGUUGUAUGUGCACACAGAUAUAUCCGGAAAUCUGGGGAGUCACAGUUUGGACAAGGGCUUUGUUACACACUGUUUAAUGACCUCCAACUGGCUGACGUAUGGGAGCCAUGCCGAGGUCGUUCUGUGCAAAGAGAACACGAGGAAUUUGGAUUUUGUCAAGUCGGUACAAGCAGUUCACUCCUUGAAGAUGACACGUUAGUUUUAGGAAGCCCUGGACCGUAUACAUGGAGAGGGACUAUAUUUACCCAGGAUACAAAUGAUGAUCUAUUAGAGCGAGAUCAUGUUGUUUAUAUGGCUCCAGUUGAAGACGGUGCUAGCCCAGUUGAAAAGUAUAGUUAUCUCGGAAUGUCAGUAUCCGGAGCAAGUUUUUUUGGAUCCGAACCCUCGUACGCAGCAGGAGCACCUCGAGCGCAUGGCACGGGGCAAGUUGUGCUAUUCAGCAAACGAGUCAUCGCCGAUUGGACUCGAACUGACGUUGACAUCCUUAACUUUACACUCAUUCUCAAUGGUGAACAAUUUGGAUCCAGUUUUGGAUACGAAGUUGCGGCGGCUGACGUCAAUGGCGACGGGUUACCAGAUCUUUUGGUUGGUGCACCUUUUUACUUCUCGAAAGAUGUCGGUGGCGCUGUUUAUUUAUAUCUGAAUAAGAACCACAAUUUACCUCAAAAUUAUAGUAUAAGGUUGACUGGCAAGCCUGAAUCACAGUUUGGUAUCGCAAUUGCAAAUACGGGCGAUUUAAACAAAGAUGGUUGUGAAGAUGUGGCAAUCGGAAGUCCUUACGAAGACAAUGGUGUAGUAUAUAUACACAUGGGUGAUAGAAAGAAUGGUCUUAAAACGAAGCCUGAUCAAAUUAUAAAAGCCGAGUCUUUGCCAAGAGUCAUUAGAACAUUUGGCUAUUCUCUUUCUGGUGGAAUGGAUCUUGACGAUAACGGUUAUCCAGAUUUACUCGUCGGCGCUUAUGAAAACAGUAGCGUCGCACUUAUUCGAACGAAACCAAUAAUCGACAUAAAAACGUCCAUUCGUCUAUCUGAUGGUACUAUUAACAUUGAUCCAACGAAACCAGGAUGUCAGACAGAUCCCACUUCAAUAUAUACUUGCUUCCAUUUUCAAGCUUGUUGUGUUAUCGAAUCUGUUGUAGCAUCUGCCCAAAGUAACAGUCAUGAAAUCAAUUACAUAAUUGAAGCCGAAACAUUUCCUGGUGGGAGAAAAUACUCUAGAGUGUUCUUUGAUUCGGAAAAAUCUAAUAUAGUCAAUAAAAAAAUUCAUCUCCGCAAAAAUGUCGAAGAUUGUAGAGAGCACACUGUUUAUUUGAAGAAUAAUACCAGGGACAUACAAACGCCUAUUAAAUUCCAAGUGACCUACAAAAUUGUGCAAGUUCAGCCACAGUAUUCCACAACAGGCGAAUUGCCCAGGAUAGACGACUAUCCAGUGUUGAAUGCUACCGCAAGAACUGCAUUUAGCGCAAACUUUUUGAACGACUGUGGUCUUGACGGUGUCUGCGUCAGCGAUUUAAUUGUUCAACCAGUUUUACAGCUAGAGAAAACCAAAGAUGAUAAAGCAUACGUGUUGACUUUGGGUCAAGAAGAGGAAAUAAAACUCUCAAUAUCAGUGGAUAACCAUGGAGAAUCGGCAUAUGAGGCGCAACUAUUUGUACAACAUCACGCUAGUCUACAUUAUAUUGCUGCGAACAGUACAGGUAAGCACAUGAUCUGCACCAGUGUGAACAAAACAACAGUAUCCUGUCUCCUAGAGAAUCCAUUCAAGCGACAAUUAGCCGGCAGCCCUCCAGUUACGUUGCGGUUUGACGCUAGGGCAUUGGAAGAUAACGAACCAUCAGUUAUUUUCACUGUUUGGGCGAAUUCCACUUCAAAAGAAAAACAUCCAGGAAAGAAACCUGUACAAGUAGAAGCCCUGGUGAUAAAAAAUGCUGAACUAUUGAUCAAAGGUGCCGCACGACCCGAGCAAGUAUUCUAUGGAGGUGAAGUGAAGGGGGAAUCUGCCAUGAAUCACUUCGAUGAUAUUGGAACUCGAGUAAUACAUACGUAUCAGGUAUUUAACGAGGGGCCGUGGCGAGUAUCGUCAGUGCAGGUGCUGAUAGCCUGGCCUCAUCAGGUAGCAUCCGAAAAUUCUCAAGGGAAAUGGUUACUAUACCCAGAAGAUGUACCUACAGUCGACGGUGAAGCAGAUCAAAGAAAUGGAGAAUGUUUUAUAUCUGAGAGCGAAAUCAACCCACUUAAAUUAACAACGCGAGCAGGUUCUUCAGAGCCUUAUCUUGAAAAUCUUGAGAUUGAUCCAUUCUUAAGUACUGGAAAACUCAGUGUUAGUUCGAGUGAAAAAGGACAUAACUCUUCAAGAAUAACUAAUAAUAUUGUUGGAUAUAGUAGUAGUGUCGAAAACAAAGUAAGACGAAAAAGAGAAGACGAUAUUAUAAAAGCUGAAGCCUAUACUGAUAAGGAUGGUCAUCGAAAACAUGUCGUCAAUAUGAACUGUCAAAAGAAAUCUGCAAAGUGCAUCCAGUUUCAAUGCGUGAUCUACCGCCUGGGUCGUAUGCAAGCCACAACAAUCACGGUGAAGGCUCGUCUCUGGAACGCAACCCUGGUCGAGGACUAUCCCCGAGUCAGCCACGUUAACAUUGCCUCUACAGCCUCUAUCCAUAUACCGGAGCAUUAUAAUAUACACCAGAAGACACAUGACGAUGAUUCUUUUACGGUGGUGACGGUUGCGUAUCCAGAUUUGAAGAUAAGUGAACCCUCAGACGUGCCGUUAUGGGUGAUAAUAGUUUCUGUAAUAGUAGGACUAAUAGUGCUUAUUUUACUUAUAAUCGCGUUAUGGAAACUAGGAUUUUUCAAGAGAAGUCGACCUGACCCGACCUUAUCGGGGAAUCUAGAAAAAAAUAACCACGAGUCCAGUCCAUUCAUAGGUAGAGAUAGAAACAGUAUUCGAUAGCUAAGGGCCUGUAUUUCCAUGUUGCAUGGAACAGAUGUUGAUACUCCAAAUAGUUGGAACUUUGUAUAUAGAAAUGAACUGUUGUAGAAUGAUUUGGUUCAUAGGCGAUGGUAUUGAAUAAGUAUAAUUUAAAAUAUCAUUUGACUGUGAUGUCUUCGUAGAGGAAAUAUUGUGUCUAAGUAUGUUAGGGCCCCGGCGUUUUAUGUUUUGUUGAUGUUAUGCACGAGUCACCAAUGUGAAAGGUUUAAUUGUAAUAAUUGUUUUUAUUUGCAUUUCUGUAGUGAGUAUUAUGAAUAGAGUUUUAUGAUUGUUUUAUAUAUUCGAUGAAUAUGUGCUAUACUGUAAAUACUUGCCUUAAUUAUUUAUGAUGUUUUAGGCUAAGAUCUAUUCUAUUAUCUUCAUUGAGGCUUUCAAAUAUUGUGCUGCAGUAUGUGUCCAAUUAAGCUUGCUGUCAACAGCUUUAUACCUACUAAAGGUAAACUUUCAGAGUCCUGAUUUCCUAAGUAAUUUAUGCAACUGAAUCGUAAGGGUCUGCUUUCUUACGUCGUUGAUAUUCCUGGGACACAUAACGAGAACUUUGCUUCUUCGUUUGUAACGUAUUUCUUACGUUUUAACUAAAAUUUGAGGACAUUCAAAUCAUUAGUGAACAGGAAUUAUCUAGUUAGAAUGGAUAAUUAAAAGACAAAUACAAUAUACGUCAAGAUUAACGCGCCGAAAGCUGCAGCUACGAGUGCUUUAACCUUAAAGGACCUUAAGAGCCUUUUUCAAAUAUUGAAACGCUUUCAACGUCAAAGAAAUAUGGACCUAAUUAGACUCGCAUAAAAAUUCUUAUUUUCAGUUCUGCUGAAUAUAUGUAUUUUACAAAUGUGCCAAAAGAAGCGCUGGUUGUAAAAGUGAUCACGAACAUAAGUAUUUAAACGAGAAUAUUAGUAGCAUUAUGUUACAGUGUCUCGAUACUGAGCAAUGGAGAGAGAACUCCUUGCAAUGCUGCUCGCUUGGUUUAAACCUUGCAUUAUAUGGUAAAUAAUUGCCUUAUUAUAUAAAAAAAGCGUCAGUGUCAUUUUAUCAGCAUAUCACAAGAGUAUGCGAUGGUAUUUGAAAGCCUUACUGUGUUUCAGACAUAAUAUGACUAGAUUUUUUACUAGUCAGUAAAUAAUAUUAUGACCUAUUUCUUUUUAGAUGUGUAUGUUACUUAAAAAUUAUUAAGAACUAAAAUGACUUAGAACUGAAUUACUUAAAAUGAAAAUAAAUACUUAACUGUACUUAAAAUGCUUGGAAUCUUGCAUUAUAUGUAUAUUAACUUUCAGUGGGUAAUUAUUAAAAUGUUAUUCCAGAUUAUUAAAUGGAAUAUAUACUAUGAAAUAAGUAACAAAUAUUUUAAAUAGUAACACUAUUGUUAUUUGCUAAGGAAUGUACAUAAUGUAGUAUUUAUAUUAGAUUUUUUACUUAAAUUUAUAUAAAAUCCUGUGAGCAUCGAAACAAUAAAGUUUAUAUAAACAGUACGAAAUUUAUGUAAAAUAUAUAGAAAAAUUUUGACACCAAUUCGGCGUUAUUCUAUGUUCAGUCUGCCUUUUCACCAAGGUUUAAUAGAUAUUUGUAAAAUGUUGGAAAAUCGAAAAGGUUGUUAAUCGAGGAAAUAAAACGAUUCCAUUUGUGGGCUUCACAUACACCCUUAUUAGGAUCAUUUAAAUUACGGCCUUAGUAUCAAGGGUAACUUAAAUAGCAUGAUAAAAAUAUCAUGUGAUUUAAAAAAUUCUUUAAGGAAAUGGUAGCCUGAAAUUUACCUUUAAUGAAUUAGUUUUGUUAGCUAUCGAACAAUUCAAAACGGAUUAAUCAAAAAAAUGCAAAAAUAUAUGUAUACCUACCUACUAGGGCCUAUUUUACAGGCCUUUUGUUUCUCCAGUCUGUUAGUUUAUAUUACGUUUAUAUUACGUACGUUAUAAUCUGCUUGCUACCUCUUUGGAAAUAUAAAGAAGGAGCCGGCAAUAAACUCAGCAACAACUCUUUAGCAACAUCAAAUAUUUUCAUCUUGUGGAUUUUUGGAGUGAAGUUAUAAACUAGCAGACUUUUUAAAUUAAGUUUUAAACUUAACAAUUUUGUAGUAACCUCGACUUUAAAUGUUUCCGUAAAUAUAGGUACCUAUCUACUGCCAAACUGUAUAACUUUAUGUAUCUAUGUAAUUUAAUUAAAUUAUCCAGCUAUUAUUG